GUCACAGCAGGCUGAGGUCACAGCAGGCUCUGAGGUCACAGAGGUGCCAGAGCCCCGUGGUUGCACAGCACCACAAGGAGCCAGCAGUCAGUCCUUGAGCACAACUGUUGCGGCAGCAGCGGCGGUGGCAGCAGUGGUGCUGACAUUGGGACAGCGGUGUCAGGACAGUGGUGGCAGCAAGAGCUGGGGACUGGCAGAGGGCAAGGCACCAUGGCCCUUGCUCUGCGCCUCUUCCUCCCGCUCCUCCUGGCCGUGGCCCUGCCUGCCAGGGCUGCCCAGGCUGCUCCGCUGCAAGCGCGGGGAGCAGCUCGGGAUGGCGACAUGGCUUAUCCAGAUGCCGUAUUGGAUGACAGCUUGGAGAAUUCUCUUGGAGAGAUUCUCUUGGAGAAUGCUGGAGGUCCUUCUCCAUGGAAGAACGUAGACAGCGGAGACAAGAAAUCCCUGGAGGCAGCCAAACAUCUGGACCAGAUGCUAAGUGAUCUGGAGAGACGCCGUGAGAUGAAGCGAAAGGCUGUGCUGAAGGCAGCAUUUCCUGGAGGAAGCAGUGGCCCAUUGGCAGCCCCUGCUGCAGGAAGUGAGGCGAUGCCAGGCACAGUCACAGGAGCUUGGGAUGGCGACAUGGCUUAUCCAGAUGCCGUAUUGGAUGACAGCUUGGAGAAUUCUCUUGGAGAGAUUCUUUUGGAGAAUGCUGGAGGUCCUUCUCCAUGGAAGAACUCAGACACUGGAGACAAGAAAUCCCUGGAGGCAGCCAGACACCUGGACCAGAUGCUGAGUGAUCUGGAGAGACGCCGUGAGAUGAAGCGAAAGGCUGUGCUGAAGGCAGCAUUUCCUGGAGGAAGCAGUGGCCCAUUGGCAGCCCCUGCUGCAGGAAGUGAGGCGAUGCCAGGCACAGUCACAGGAGCUUGGGAUGGCGACAUGGCUUCUCCAGAUGCACUAUUGGAUGACAGCUUGGAGAAUUCUCUUGGAGAGAUUCUUUUGGAGAAUGCUGGAGGUCCUUCUCCAUGGAAGAACUCAGACACAGGAGACAAGAAAUCCCUGGAGGCAGCCAGACACCUGGACCAGAUGCUGAGUGAUCUGGAGAGACGCCGUGAGAUGAAGCGAAAGGCUGUGCUGAAGGCAGCAUUUCCUGGAGGAAGCAGUGGCCCAUUGGCAGCCCCUGCUGCAGGAAGUGAGGCGAUGCCAGGCACAGUCACAGGAGCUUGGGAUGGCGACAUGGCUUCUCCAGAUGCCCUAUUGGAUGACAGCUUGGAGAAUUCUCUUGGAGAGAAUCUCUUGGAGAAUGCUGGAGGUCCUUCUCCAUGGAAGAACUCAGACACAGGAGACAAGAAAUCCCUGGAGGCAGCCAGACACCUGGACCAGAUGCUGAGCGAUCUGGAGAGACGCCGUGAGAUGAAGCGAAAGGCUGUGCUGAAGGCAGCAUUUCCUGGAGGAAGCAGUGGCCCAUUGGCAGCCCCUGCUGCAGGAAGUGAGGCGAUGCCAGGCACAGUCACAGGAGCUUGGGAUGGCGACAUGGCUUCUCCAGAUGCCCUAUUGGAUGACAGCUUGGAGAAUUCUCUUGGAGAGAUUCUCUUGGAGAAUGCUGGAGGUCCUUCUCCAUGGAAGAACUCAGACACUGGAGACAAGAAAUCCCUGGAGGCAGCCAGACACCUGGACCAGAUGCUGAGCGAUCUGGAGAGACGCCGUGAGAUGAAGCGAAAGGCUGUGCUGAAGGCAGCAUUUCCUGGAGGAAGCAGUGGCCCAUUGGCAGCCCCUGCUGCAGGAAGUGAGGCGAUGCCAGGCACAGUCACAGGAGCUUGGGAUGGCGACAUGGCUUCUCCAGAUGCACUAUUGGAUGACAGCUUGGAGAAUUCUCUUGGAGAGAUUCUUUUGGAGAAUGCUGGAGGUCCUUCUCCAUGGAAGAACUCAGACACAGGAGACAAGAAAUCCCUGGAGGCAGCCAGACACCUGGACCAGAUGCUGAGCGAUCUGGAGAGACGCCGUGAGAUGAAGCGAAAGGCUGUGCUGAAGGCAGCAUUUCCUGGAGGAAGCAGUGGCCCAUUGGCAGCCCCUGCUGCAGGAAGUGAGGCGAUGCCAGGCACAGUCACAGGAGCUUGGGAUGGCGACAUGGCUUCUCCAGAUGCCCUAUUGGAUGACAGCUUGGAGAAUUCUCUUGGAGAGAAUCUCUUGGAGAAUGCUGGAGGUCCUUCUCCAUGGAAGAACUCAGACACUGGAGAAAAGAAAUCCCUGGAGGCAGCCAGACACCUGGACCAGAUGCUGAGCGAUCUGGAGAGACGCCGUGAGAUGAAGCGAAAGGCUGUGCUGAAGGCAGCAUUUCCUGGAGGAAGCAGUGGCCCAUUGGCAGCCCCUGCUGCAGGAAGUGAGGCGAUGCCAGGCACAGUCACAGGAGCUUGGGAUGGCGACAUGGCUUCUCCAGAUGCACUACUGGAUGACAGCUUGGAGAAUUCUCUUGGAGAGAAUCUCUUGGAGAAUGCUGGAGGUCCUUCUCCAUGGAAGAACUCAGACACUGGAGACAAGAAAUCCCUGGAGGCAGCCAGACGCCUUGACCAGAUGCUGAGUGAUCUGGAGAGACGCCGUGAGAUGGACCAAAGGGCUUUGCUGAAGGCAGCACUUCCUGAAGGAAGCCGUGGCUCCGUGCCAGCCCCCGAUACACGAAGGGAGGAGAUGCCAGACAGUGCCACAGAAGACGUUAUCACUGAAACAGGAAUAUUUGCCCCGGAUCCAGUGCGCCUCCCAAGAAUUGUCUGCCCCCAGGAUGUGUGCAGGUCCUGCAUGAUAGGCACGGUGGUGACACUGUUCACCGUGCCCCUCGUGCUGAUCGGCUGCUAUCUUGGCAUUCGGAAGCUGUACCAGAGCAGACGGUCAGUUGUUGAUUUUUCUCCACAGCUUUCUUGUAACUCUGCUCAUAGCAUUGGUAGCCUGACUCGUAGUCAUGCUGCACUGGAGCUGUGGCCAGUCCGUGGUUGUCCAAAGAACUCUGCUGAGGGCUCUGCUGCUGCCCAGUGCUUUCAUUGGCCUCUUCAUUGCUGGCCUUGUCCUGGGGGGCCCGCUGGGGCUGCAGCCAGUGCUGGCUCCCACUGAGGCUGCCAGGCCAAGAGCAGCCCCGGGGGCACAGGGCACAGGCAGAGCAAGUUCUCAACAGUAUUUGGGCCACACAGCUCAGGACAGGACAGUGCUUAUUUAGUAGCUCAUGUAAAGUUUCAUGGUGACAGUGAUGUUACCAGACAAGCAAAUCUGCUUCUGUUCAGUGUUCAAACAAAUCCAACCUGAUGAAGGUUUAGCUUUGGCCUUGAGGCUUUGCUCUUUGUGUGAGCCCUGUUCUGGAUUGAUUCCCACUCAGUCUUGGAGCCUGUUUUGGGUGAAGGCUCAUCCUGGCCCUGACCCUUGGCAGUUCUGGGCUCAAAGGCACCGCCAAGGCCGCACUGCACGUGACUGGGCUUCAGGGCUCCAUUAGCAAAGGGCUUUGAGAAGUUUAAAUUACUGUAUUCUUACUCUUUGGUUUUCUUUAUGGAAUUCGUUCCCUUUUUUUUAAACUUAAUUUUAAACAAACAAAUUCUU